AAAUUAUCCCUUUUAGUGUGCAACAAUCGGUCCACAUGAAAACCUCCGUAUAGCGUUUAUUUAUUCAAUCAAAUUAUCCCGAGUAUGAGACAUCCUUGACGCCUCUGUGUGACAAAAAGAAGAAAUAAUGGAGGGCGAGAAUCCCCACGAUGCCACAGAAACCCAACCCAGCAGCGACCGCAUCAAGCUUAAUGUCGGAGGCAAGCUAUUCGAGACCACCACCUCCACUCUCCGCUCCGGUGGCCCUGACUCUCUUCUAUCGCUGUUGUCCAACCGGUCGCUCCACCACCACGACCCGUCUCAACCGGUCUUCAUAGAUCGCGACCCUGAGAUAUUCUCAGCCCUCCUUUCUCUCCUGCGCUCCAACCGCCUCCCUUCUACAGCUAAACGCUUCUCCAACCAAGAACUCAUCGACGAGGCUUCUUAUUACGGGAUUGAAUCCCAAUUAAAAUCCGCUCUCGCUCCGUCUCCUCUAACGGGCAUCGACGCCUCCCUUUUCACCACUAUCCGCCCCUCUUCUGACGCCACGGUUUCUGAUUUCAACGCCAUCGACUCCGACGGCUCCGUCUGGGUCGCCCACGGUGGUCAGAUUUCGGUCUACGAUUGGAAUUUAACCCAUUCCGGGACCGUCAGGACCCAUCUUGAUUAUAUAAGUACAAUUCGGAGGAUCGGACCUGGAGUAGCCGCAGUGGGGUCGGAAACACUGGCGGGGCUUCAUGUCUACAACACAGCGAGCGGAUACCGGUCUUGCUGUGUCGACUGGGCGGACCCUACAGACCCUAGGAUCUAUAAGGCCCGAGUCAACGCGAUCGCUGACUCAGACAACUCGGUCUUUGCUUCCUUCGAUUGUCGGCACAAGGAGAAUUGCGUUCUGAUGAUUGACAAGAACAAGUGGACGACGUUAGAGGUCGCGAGGCAGUCGGGGAGCUCUUCCAAGUCCAUGGUUGCCGGAAAGCUGAAGUAUGUGCCAAAGGCCGGAGUACUUGUCGGAGUUUCGGUGACGUCCGGGUUUGGUUAUUCGGGUUAUAUACGAUUGUGGGACCCGAGGUCCAAGGAGGUGGUUUGGGAGACAAACGAGCCCGGUUCAGGUAGGAGCAGCAGGUGGGACUCGUUUGCUGACGUGGAUGUGGAUGUGGACGAGUUGACACUGGUCAAACUGGGUUCUAAAUCGGGGGAUUUGGCCGUGGCAGACCUCCGCAAAUUAAGCGAAGAUCCAUGGAUUUAUUUGGAAGAGAAGAACCCCAGGAUGAGGAUGAUGACUGGUGGGGCCAGCAGCGUGGGCAAUUGUGUGAUUAACUGUUACAGGAAACAGCUGUUCGUGGGUAGGGAAGGUGAGCUAGAGGUGUGGUCCACGGUGGAGGGAGAUGGUGAUCAGAAUGUGGGUGGAGAGAGGAUUCUAUGUGAAGGGUCGUAUAGGAGGAACUAUGUGGAUAAAGUGGAGGAUUCUGAAAGAGGGGUUAUAAAGAAAAUUGAGGGUGGUGGGGAUAGGCUAUUUGUGAUUCGAGAAGGCGUGGAGGGAAUUGAGGCUUGGCAAAGUUCACGCUUUUCUGGUGUAGUUUCUUCCUCUUGAUUAAUGUAAUGCUUUGGCCUCUUUCACCUGGCCCUUAUCCUUUCUUUGCGUUUUUAUUCAACCUGCAAAGGCAAAAAUUAUUGGAGGGUUCUUCUCAAUCUUCUUCCAAGAAAUCCAGGCAAUCCAAAUUCUAGGUUUACACAACAAGAACUUCCUGCAUGCAAAGCAAUAUUAACUCCCGAGGGGGUAAAGCUUUAGAUGAUCCAUCUGCUAGUGUCUUUCAGAAAAGUAACCUUCUCAAUUGGUCUGAUAUGCUAUUGCUGAUAUAUGGGUGAUUGAAAUUGUAGACUGCCAUGGAGAAAACUGCAUUCAUUCAGAAUGACAAGACCAACAAGGCUGUGUCAGGAGCUUGACAGAAGAUAUGUCAAAAGCAGAAGUGACAAACAGUAGCGCUCAUUGAUAAUAAGCGCAUUGUGCCUUGGUGCCCUUGUUACUGGGAGUAUGUUCAAUGAUGCUCAUGAAUUGUCAGUUAAGGGCAUGAAUCUAUCUGUAAACGAGAAAGAUGUUGCAUAGGACAGUAAUAAGAACUAUAUCAUUUAAUUUGGAUCAAAAGUUUAUCCUAUAAGCUUUUAGCAAGGAAGCUUGAUUGGAGGUGGAAAACCUGAUGAGAAAAUACCAUGAGAAGAUCUUCUAGUCUGGUGCGCACUGCAGCAUUUCCGAGCUUUUGAAAGUUGUAUGGGUGAAAUGAACAGUAUGUUGAGGCUAAUGAGAAGAUUACAGUAGUGAUACAGUAUAACGAUAAUGAUUAUGCUUCUGGAGGCAAAAGAAGCUGGUUCUUUCGACUGUGACUUGGAUUGGUGGAAAAAACAGUUUCUUAGGCUUGGGAUACAUCACUAUUGGUUGGAUUUGUGCUUAAUCAUUGCAACAAAUCUCAUAGUAAUGUACCUUAUCAUGUGGAGGUGCGUCAUUAGUAGUUAUUUUACGAUUGCUCAUUAGUAGUCAUCAAUCCUUCUUUACUGUUUAGGAUUAGAUGGAUAUGGUUCUUCUAGUUAUGGUAGUGUGAAAUUUUUAAAUUUACUUUACAUCCUCAAUGAGUAUAUAAUGCAAACAACCGAGACCAGACUCAUUGGAUGAAUUCUUUUUGUGUCACUGGAAAUUGAGCUUUUGUUUUAAGAUGAGAAACCAAAAUAUGAAACCAUUUGGUUA